UAUGACUGUGUCCCGUGUGUAGAUGGGGAAAUAUCCAACACAUCAGAUGCUCCAAGUUGCUUCAGAUGCCCUGGGUAUGAAAUGUCCAAUAAACAGAGAACUGCUUGUGUUCCCAAAAUGAUAAACUACCUUUCCUAUGAGGAGACUCUGGGGGCCAGUUUGGCUUCCAUUGCCUUGGUGCUCUUCCUCACAACUUCUGCAGUACAGGGAGUUUUUGUGAAAUAUUGGGAGACUCCUAUAGUGAGAGCCAAUAACCGAAAUCUCAGCUGUCUCCUCCUCAUCUCUCUCAUGUUGUGUUUCCUCUGCACUUUAUUAUUCAUUGGGCGCCCAACUCAGAUAUGUUGUCUCCUCCGACAAGUAACAUUUGGGGUUGUAUUUACUAUUUCUGUUUCUUCUGUGUUGGCUAAAACUCUCACAGUUAUUAUUGCCUUCAAUGCCACAAAGCCUGGGAGCAAGCUGAAGAAGUGCAUCAGCUCUCAAGUGCCUAUUGUAUUUGUGACUAUAUGCUCUUUGGGCAAAAUUGGAAUCUGUUUAAUCUGGAUGGCCUUUGAUCCCCCAUUUCUGGAAGUUGAUAUAUUUUCUGAGAGGAACACCAUUAUUUUACAGUGCAAUGAGGGAUCUGUUACUUUCUUCUUCUGUAUAAUUGGAUAUAUAGGAACGUUGGCCCUACUAAGUUUCAUUGCUGCAUUUCUAGCCAAGGAUUUCCCUGACCGAUUUAAUGAGGCUAAAAACAUCACUUUCAGUAUGUUGGGGUUCUGUAGCGUGUGGGGGGCAUUUGUCCCUGCAUACCUGAGCAGUAAGGGCAGUAGAAUGGUGGCAGUUGAGAUAUUUGCCAUCUUAUCCUCCAGUGCUGGGUUAUUGGGCUGUAUAUUUGCCCCAAAGUGUUACAUUAUAUUUCUCAGGCCUCAACUGAACACAAAAGUAACUGUUUGCCGAAUUCACUAA